AUGUCCCGCAGAGUCAACGCCUCGGUCGACGCCGCAAAAGAAGUCACCGCCAGUCCUCAUGCUGACAGAGAGACAGCCAUGGACAAGCAGAAGCGCUUGUUGGAGGAGUCUGACCCCGGUCACUUCUCCAUGAUCCGUGCUAUGCACCUUGCCGACUUGAUCACCCUCCUGAACGGUUUCUGCGGUAUCAACUCAGUAUUGUCCUCUCUCCGUUACUGCAUGGGCAACCCCAAUGAUCUCGGCAACCUCUGGGCCGCCUUGGCCUUCAUGCCCUUCGGCCUAUUCUUCGACUUUAUGGAUGGCAAGGUCGCCCGAUGGAGAAAGAAGAGCUCGCUCAUGGGCCAGGAACUCGAUUCGCUUGCUGAUUUGAUCUCCUUCUGUGUCUCCCCUGCCGUCGCAUCUGUCGCAAUUGGCAUGCGAACCCCCUUUGACCACUUCCUCCUCACCUCCUUCGCUCUCUGCGGUCUUCUACGUCUUGCUCGCUUCAACAUCACCACCGACAGCGUACCCAAGGAUGCCAAUGGCAAGGCCAAAUACUUCGAAGGUCUCCCUACUCCCACCUCUCUGGGCAUCGUCGCCUUGAUCUCCUACUGGGUCAGCCAGGGCUGGAUUCACAACCAGAUUCCUCUCGGUGUCGUUGCCCAAGGUUCGAUAUUCGAGUUCCACCCUGCCGCUCUCAUCUUCGUGGCCCAUGGUUGCCUCAUGAUCAGCAAGACCUUCCACGUCCCCAAGCCUUGA